CGAGCGAGGGAGUAAGCCAGUUGGUGUUGUUUUGUGGUGGUGAGAGGGCGCUUCUCUAGGGGUUGAAGCUGACACUGCUGCUGCUGGGUUAUCCAAGGGUCAAUGUGUGAACUUGAGAAGAGUGGGAAUCUCCCAGUGUUCAGUGUUUGAUCGCCUACCUCCCCGUCAUCCGGUGUCACCUACACAACUCUUUGAGCAGUGAGGAAGACUACAUUGUGCUCUAGUGUUCUCCAACAAUCGUUACAAUGGGAGAUGUAAAGCUCGUCACAUUGCUGGACAUUGCCAAGCACCCAGAAUAUAGUGAAGAUGAGCUGAACAAGCUCUUCCAGCUCUUCUGCCGCUAUGCCGAACCCAAAAUGAAAAAGGGCCACAUCUCCCUUGACAGCUUCAAAAAGUUACUGGAGGCAUUGGAACUGACACAGACGCAUCUUGAAGCAAAGGAGACGUACGAUAAGGCUGCUAAGGAUGGAAAAAUCUCUUUGGAUGAGUUCAUGAAACUAGUUAAAGAUCUGACUGCUAAAACAGGGAAAAUCAAUUUGGAUCUGGUGGUGAAGCUGGCAGCCCAAGAAGAAGUGAAUGUAGAUGAUGUGGGUGUUGGUGGUGCCAAGAGAUUUUUUGAGGCCAAGGCUCGAAUUCUUGAGGUAGGAGAUGCUGCCUACAGAGCCUUUGAGGAUAAGAAAAAGGAAGAGGAAGAGAGAAAGAAGAGGCAAGAGGAAUUCAAGAAGAAGAGGGAGCAGUUCCAGCCAGCAGCAUAACUUCCGAUAACUGUUGAGAUGAUAAUUUGUGAACCUGCAGUGAAACUCCAAGUUGAGAACAAGAUAAUGAAUAGGAAUGUGGUAAUAAGAACCAGCAUAUUACUGUCGGAGGAAAUUCCAGUGCAAGACAGAACUGAAAAAGAUUCAUUUUGAAUUUUUCUUGAGUCGGCAUAAAAGUAUGCUUGUAUUCUAGCUAUUCAUAAUUUAUAAAGUAGGCCAUGUCAGAUAUACAAAUAUACUCUUAGUAAGAUAGAUGUGGCUUACAAAACUGCUUUAUUACUUAGUACAAUGAUUGUAGUAUGUUAGAAAGGUACAUAAUACAUUAAUAUUCAGGCAUAAUUUGCUCGUAGGUGUGCCUGAUGGUGCUAAAACUUGUAACCCAUAGUGAUACAGUACCUAGAAGAUCGAGAAAUGUUGAAGUUCACAUUUCCUAUUUGUUAAACAAUUAAAAUCUCUAAAUUUUUGAAUUGUUGAAAAAUAUCUAUUUAAGAAUAUAUAUAUGCAUGUAUGUAUACAUACAUACAGUAUACAUAGAUUAUUCAUACAUACAUUUACUAACCAAACUUUAAAUUUGGCUGUAUAAAAACAAACUUAGUGCCAGUGACAAUUGCAGUAAUUUUUCCGAUGUAGAAAAAGUGUCUAGUUUUGCUGUGUUCUAAGUAAUUUUUAACACCACUUAAUUAUUAGACACAAGUAUUUGGGCAUUUGCCCUUGAAUUAUUCAUCCUGUUAUCAUUCCAUAGUAAUUCAAGAAUUAGUAUUGAUCCAUCUAAUAAAUCACAUUCUGUCAUUAGCUUGCACAAAUGCUACAGUGUACUUUAAAAAAACUAAUCAUUCAGUUACUGUUGCUUGUAUAAUUUUAGUAUUUAUGUAAUUUACUGGUAACAGUAGUAAUAUAUUUUGUUAACCUGUUGGUAUGAAAAAUUUUUAGUACAGGAUGUCCCAUACUUACAAACAUCAUGACCUACACAUAUCUGCACUUAGAAACAGGGCACUUAACAGUAAACAGAACACCAAAUCUUAAACACCUUUUGCAUUAUUGUUUUCCAUACAAACAAUUUGUUUGCAUGUUAAAAAGCAGGGAAGGCAGUUCGUUUGUAAGUGGAAAGACCUCUUGUACUCUGCAUUUUCUCUUUGUGUGAUGAUCUACUUGGUGGACCAGUGGAAAGCCUUUCUUCAGUGUAAGGUGUCAUUAUACAAUAAAAAAUAAUCUAAGUUAUACAGUAUAUGAUAUCUAGAUUUGUACAAAAAUAAAAAAAAGAACUUUAAGUGAAGUCCUAAUUAAUUUUUUAAGUACAGUAAUUUAGCUCUUGCCUUUGUGAGUUGUGAUAAAUAAUUCUACUUCACCUAA